AUGGAAGCAAGCAUUGAUGCCAUCUGUGUGUGGAAUGUUGCUGUACAGAGAUUCCACAUCCAUGGUUACAAGGAUGGUGUUAGCAGGGAGAUUGGUGAUUUGGCUGAGUUUGUUGAGGAAGUAGCAAGAGAAAUCUGGUAUUGUUAACAUUUCGGAUUACAAACUAUCUGACCCAGAAGCAUCAGUUCUCUCCAAAGGACUAUCAUUUUGCCCUAGCACAAAACUUGAUGACAUUGGGCUCUACUCUGACGUGGAAGAAUUUUUCAGAAGGAUGCGACUUAAGGAAUACUUCCAUGACAAAGAGAGCACUGAAACCACAAUGGAUUACAACAACCGGAAAAAAAACACUAAUUUCAGUCCAGCACCAGGACGAAAUGCCAAACUGGACAGUUACAUUGAAAGUUUCCUUCUAAGAACAGUAUCCUUGACAACCAAGCAAAACCAAAAGAAAAUGUUUCAUAAUCUCUCAGUACAGGAACAAAUGGCUAUAAAUGACCUGAAAAAUAAUCAUGCUAUCACCAUCAAACCAGCAGACAAGGGAGGAGCAGUAGUGAUAAUGAACACCCAGGACUACAUAAAAGAGGGUGACAGGCAAUUGUCAGAUGACAAAUACUAUAGAAAACUAAAUGAAGACCCCACCAAGGAAUAUACAUCACAACUUAGGGAGCUCAUUAAAUCCUUCCCUGAGAACUUACACCUAGAACUGCAAUCACUCAUACCAACUAGUCCCUGCAUGGGCACUUUCUAUAUGCUUCCCAAAAUCCACAAAGCAGGUAACCCUAAUUACAGGAAUGGGAACUCUCACAGAACAGAUCUCAGGACUGGUAGAAAAUACCCUAAAACCUCUAGUCACCAACACUAA